UUUGUUUUUCACGAUUCUCUCUACCUCAAUAUAACACCACUGGAAACUCUUCUCGUCGACGACAAGGUCGACUGUAGCUUCGCUUGUGUUGAUAACAAACUCUGUAUUUCCUUCAACUUUGCAGAGACGUCAGCAGAAAAACUUUGGUGCGAGCUUCUUCCAUCUAGCAUCUAUAACAACACAGGGAAAAUCGUUUUAAAUUUUAAAUUUGACCAUUACAGCAUACAGGUUUGUCGCAAAUCUACAAUAAUUGAUGUAGUCUAAUAUAUAAUUGCCAAUUUUUUACAACUUACGGUGAACCACAGACGAGAUUGAAUUCAAAGUUAUCUCUCUAGAAGUGAAGAUAUAAAAGAGCAAAACAAUUAAAGCGCUGAAAGCGGGUGUUAUUUUUAUUUUUUAUUUUUACUGCAUUCUUCGAUUCAGUCACUGAACAUAUAUGUUUGUAGGUUUAUGUCUGGUUGUUCGAUUUCUAUAUAUUUUUUUGUUUCUUUCAAAUGUUAACCGGCAUUUUUUGUAAUCCCGAAGAGCUUUCUAAAUAGUGUUAGUAACUAACUGUUUUACUUAUUACUUCCACCAAAGAUGCAUUUGACUGGUAGAACAAACUAUACCAAGAAAAUGAAGCCUCAGGCCUCAGGCCUCAGUGAGAACUUCGAAAAAAGCUACUAACAGUCAGGUUGUUGGUUGUAUUAACAGGCUCUCGGAGUAAAGUGGUAACAUUGAUGAUGAAGAAGUGUAGAGCGUUUGUUUCCAUUAUAAUCACAAUCGUUGUGUUUUAAUGUAAUGAUUUUUUUCCUGCAGAAUCCUUGUACUAAUGUUCCUUGUAUGAACAAUGGAAUAUGCUCCCUGAUUUCGUUCAGAGAUGGAACGUAUAGUUGCUCUUGUCUUCCUGGAUAUUUUGGCGAUGAGUGUGAAAUCUGUAAGUUAACGUAGAAUUACUUUAAGUUAACAAAAGCCCCUUUUCGAGAUAUGAACAAGCUAUUAAGAUUUAGUAAAAUCCAAUCAGUGGUCUAUUAUCAAUGCUGCGUUCUGAUUGGUUGAGCUACCACUAGGCUAUAUGUUAUAGCCCCCUAUAUCUAGAAGCGAAAAGCGCGAGCUUUUUGGCGGCAAAAAAGGAUUAAAGUCUAGCUUUAACUAGCUAAAAGUUUUUUAUUCUCGAUAUUUUUUACCAACUAGUUGGAUUUUGCUAAAACAAUUAUUCCUCUCGCCCUCAUGGCCUCUGAGUCAAUAGCCCUUUCGGCCUUUGGCCUCAUGGGCUAUUGACUCAGAGCCCAUUCAGGCUCGAGGAAUAAUUGUUAAAUAUUUACAACAACAACAACUAACAACCACCUCAAAUUGUUCGAUACCCAAGCUUCUAGUUAGAGCUGUUCACCUCGGCUUUGUGUUGUAUGUGAAUACAAAAUAGCGGAACUCUUUUGCUUUUUUGUUAAUUCAGAUGUACCAGAGUGCCGGGACUAUAACGUCCUCAGUCAACCCAAUCGAUACCAGUCUUUUGGCCGAGGCACUAACUCAGGCAGUAAUCUUGUCCCCGGCUGGUAUCGCUUCCAAUCAAGUUCAUACUCAAGAAUGGUAGACAAUUGUAUUCAGGUCCACAGAUGCACUACAGAUAUAACUGGGUGGUUAAAAGGUGGCCACCCUACCUUUAAAGAUGGCAUCGUGGACAGGGAAGCUUGCUUCCACGGAUGGGAAAACUGUUGUUAUAGGAUAGUUCAGAUACGCGUGAGGGAGUGUCAAGGGUUUUAUGUGUAUGAGUUAAACCCGUCACCUGAAGGGCGGUAUCGCUACUGUGAAAGAGGAUGA